UCAUUAUCGAAUCGAUAGCAUCGAAGUUCAAUCUCGAAUUCUCGAAUGUCGAAAGCACUCUCGAACCUCGAGACAGUUGUGCGGCGCGGUACGUAAGUGUUGUGCGUUUGUUUCUUUUCGCCAUCAAAAGCAGCCAAAAAAUGACUCAAGAAGGACAGGUGACUCCUCCCCCAGUGAUGUGGGCACAAAGAAGUAACGUCGUAUAUGUGACAAUUUGCUUGGAAGAUUGUAAAGACCCUGCAAUUCAAAUCAACCCAGACAACAUAUACUUCCGUGGUAUCGGCGGUACCGAACGUAAAGCCCAUGAAGUGACGAUCAAUUUGUACGAUGAAAUUGACCCAGACAAAGCUAUUCUAAGUCCAAAGGGUAGAAAUUUUGAAUUGGUUCUCACCAAAAAAAAUCAGGGUCCAUACUGGCCACACUUAACUAAGGAAAAGCAAAAGUACCAUUGGCUCAAGAGCGACUUCAACAAAUGGCAGGACGAGGAUGACAGCGAAGAUGAAUCCUCAUUUGGCGCUGCCGGUGGUGCUGGCAGCCAUGACUUAGAAGAGAUGAUGCGCCAAAUGGGAGGCCUAGGGGGUGCGGGAGACCGCAAGCCGAAUUUUGACGAUUUAGAUGACCUGGGAGAUGACGCCGAGGGGCCAGAUAGCGACGAUGAUGAAAUGCCAGACUUGGAGUGACAAUGCGUGGUGGAAAAAGAAUUAAAAAUACCCUCUCGGAAAGAAUGAAUCAAUGGCCAACAACAACGUAAUAUCUAACUCGUAGCUAAAUGCGGUGCGCGUAAGACUGAAAACUUGGAAGGAACAAAAAAAAAACAAAUAAUAACAAUGUGGUUGAAAAAAGACGAGCAGCAAGUAGUUUUCAACCUCCCCCACCCACCACCACCCCUCCUUUAGUCUUUAGUUCGUACAAUAAGUUAUAAUGGACAAGCUUUUUUUAAUGAUGAAUUGAUUGAAUAUGUGUAAAAUAUUAAGGAGACGUAAUACCGAAAUACAAUAAAAAAUAUGGUGGAA